UAGACACUGCACAUGCUUCCCUUCAGUGAACUGGCUGGAGGGACAAGGCUGGUCCAGGGCAGAGGAGGAGUCUGGGGCUAUGCUCGACACUGGGACUCUGUACCUGGAGCCUAGUAACCAGCUUAGCCCCUCACAUGGCAGGAAGAUUAGGAGUGCAGGGCUUUAGGACUCCUCUUUUCCUUGAUGGAUGACAGCUUUGGAGCUAGAGGCUGAUGCCCAGGUUUGCUCUGAAGGCCAUGAGUCACCCAGGGCCACUGAGUGAAUUAAUGGAAAGCCUCCUCUGCCAAGGUGCCUUUUUCAUCCCCUACCUCAUCUUCCUCUUUACCUGUGGCAUUCCUGUCUUCCUCUUGGAGACAGCACUGGGCCAGUACACUAGCCAGGGAGGCGUCACAGCCUGGAGGAAGAUUUGCCCCAUCUUUGAGGGAUUAGGAUCACUGGAUGAAAUGGACAAUCAUGGUGAUGUCUCUUGAUCUGCCUUAUUAAAUUGUCCAAUGCAUUGGCUACGCCUCCCAGAUGAUUGUCAUCCUCCUCAACAUCUACUACAUCAUUGUCCUGGCCUGGGCCCUCUUCUACCUCUUUAGCAGCUUCACCAUUGACCUUCCCUGGGGAAGCUGCCACCAUGAGUGGAAUACAGAAUACUGUGUGGAGUUCCAGAGGACCAAUGGCUCCCUGAAUGUGACCUCUGAGAAUGCCACCUCUCCUGUCAUCGAGUUCUGGGAGAGGCGGGUCCUGAAGAUCUCUGAUGGCAUCCACGACCUGGGGGCCCUGCGCUGGGAGCUGGCCCUGUGCCUCCUGGUUGCCUGGGUCAUCUGCUAUUUCUGCAUCUGGAAGGGGGUCAAGUCCACAGGCAAGGUGGUGUACUUCACAGCCACAUUCCCUUACCUCAUGCUGGUGGUCCUGUUAAUUCGAGGGGUGACACUGCCUGGGGCAGCCCAAGGAAUUCAGUUUUACCUGUACCCAAACCUCACACGUCUGUGGGAUCCCCAGGUGUGGAUGGACGCAGGCACCCAGAUCUUCUUUUCCUUCGCCAUCUGCCUAGGGUGCCUGACUGCCCUGGGCAGCUACAACAAAUACCACAACAACUGCUACAGGGACUGCAUCGCCCUCUGCUUCCUCAACAGCGGUACCAGCUUCGUGGCCGGAUUUGCCAUCUUCUCUGUCCUGGGCUUCAUGUCUCAGGAGCAGGGGGUGCCCAUCUCUGAGGUGGCUGAGUCUGGCCCCGGCCUUGCUUUCAUUGCCUACCCCCGGGCCGUGGUGAUGCUGCCCUUCUCUCCUCUCUGGGCCUGCUGCUUCUUCUUCAUGGUCGUCCUCCUGGGACUGGACAGCCAGUUUGUGUGCGUAGAAAGCCUGGUGACAGCGCUGGUGGACAUGUACCCCCACAUAUUCCGCAAGAAGAACCGGAGGGAGCUCCUCAUUCUUGGCGUGUCUGUCACCUCCUUCUUUGUCGGGCUGGUCAUGCUUACAGAGGGCGGUAUGUACGUAUUUCAGCUCUUUGACUACUAUGCAGCCAGUGGCAUGUGCCUCCUGUUUGUGGCCAUCUUUGAGUCCCUCUGUGUGGCUUGGGUUUAUGGAGCCGGGCGCUUCUACAACAACAUUGAAGACAUGAUUGGGUACAGGCCAUGGCCUCUUAUCAAAUAUUGCUGGCUGUUCCUCACCCCAGCUGUCUGCACAGCCACCUUCCUCUUCUCCCUGAUCAAGUACACCCCGCUGACCUACAACAAGAAGUACACGUACCCGUGGUGGGGCGAUGCCCUGGGCUGGUUCCUGGCUCUGUCCUCCAUGGUCUGCAUUCCCGCCUGGAGCUUCUAUAAACUCGGCACCCUCAAGGGCUCCCUCAAAGAGAGAAUUCGCCAGCUCCGGUGCCCGGCGGAGGACCUGCCCGGAUGGAGCGGAGCAGAGCCCUCUGCCCCUGCCACGCCCAGGACAUCGCUUCUCAUUCCCGCAGAGCUAGAGUCGCGCUGCUAGGGCCGGACGCCCGCGGGGGGGAG